AUGGAUGACUUUCAGUGUCCUCUCUGUUUGAAACUUCUUCUGAAGCCCGCAAGCAUAACUUGCGGUCACACAUUUUGCAAAUCCUGCCUUAUCCGAUCUCUUACAGUUCAAAAGAAAUGCCCAGUUUGUCGAGUAAAUUAUCCAUUCCCAGCUCAUGAUCUGCCUGUAAACUUCUUAAUCCAAAAUCUAAUCCAAAAACAAUUCCCAGACGAACUGAAAGAAAGAAAGGCCGAAGAAGUCCAAGAUGAAAUUCCGCAGGCAAUUGAAUCUUUGCCAGUUCUUUUGAUCAAAAACGUGACUUAUUUUCCAAGUUCUAUGGGAAUUUUAGAUAUCUUUGAAAAUCGAUAUAUGACUAUGCUUCAGAAUGCAACGAUGGGGAAUCGAACUUUUGGCUUGCUAUCAAAUUUCAAAGGUUCUUGGCUUGGAGCCCUGCUAGAAGUUGUUUCUGUUGAAAAUGCUAGGCCAGGUGUUGCCCGUGUUCAUGUAUUAUCAAAGAAUAGGUUUACAACAGAUUAUAUAUUUCCUCAGCAAGACACAUCAAGGCGAAUUAAAGUUGAAGAAAUAGGGAAAAAUGAAUUUAAAAGUGACUUGCUCUACUGCUGCAGGCCAAAAUUCAUUGUAGAUGAGUAUGAUGAGGUAGAAACAAUAAGUCAAAAUGAAGUUAUUGCAUUUACUGAUGCUUGUGUAAAUCUUCUUUCAAUUGACGAGCAAAGAGUUCUCCGAGAAACUUUUCACUCAAAUAAUGAUAAAAGCUUUUAUGUGCUUUCUUUAUUAAGGCUCCCUCACAAAGACACAGUCCGGGCAUUUUUAUCAAUAUCACAAAAUGAGAGGUUUGAAAUUUGCAAAAAACAUAUCGCAGAUAAAAGAAUUAGUAGGGCUCAUUUAAAACUCCAAGACCACGGACCAUUUUCAGGGAACUUUGGGUUUUUACUCAUAAUCGUUGUGGUUUUGAUCAUUAUUUUCUAUGAGAGAAUUAAGUAA